AUGACGAGCUUUCAAGGAAUCAGUUUUCUCUAUUAAAGUCCUUUUCUCCUCUUAGAUUGCCAUUCGUGUGAAAACCGAAGUACAAAAUGAAGUUCCUGGGCUGGAUGCGUCAUAAAUUCCGUGAAAAUAACAAAGCGCCAUGGAAAGAUGUUAUAACGGGAAACAACUGUUUCCGCCUUUCGACUCAUUCAUCCCUUGCUGACACCGCAUCAUAUGCUGAAUCCGGAUACAAUACUGAAUUCAUGAGGCAGCUCAACAAGUUCCAGGAAAGCUCCUUUCCAGAAUCCUCAGAUAAUACAGAAGAAAACCUCGAAGAUGAGAUGAUCAGUCAGCUCUUUCACGGAUUUCUUGCUAUUGGAACCCUUGGCGGAGAGCCAGCAGUGGAUGAACCGGGAACGCCCACAUUUGGCAUGUCGCUAGAGAACCCAAUAGAAGAAAAAGCAGAGGUGACACAGAAUGAUUUGAACUUCAUUAGUGAUGAGUUGGAAAAGUUCUUUGAGGCUGAAGCUGAAGGACAUGACCAACCAUCAGCAAGGAACAGUAACGCAAACACUAUUGCAUCUACCAUUAAGCCUCUCGAGGGAGAGAAUGCUAAAGAAGACAUCAAGACAACAAUAUUUCCACUUCAAGGGUAUCUUUUUGGUUCUUCAAUUGAACUACCAAAAACAAAAAUUGGAGCAACGAAAGAAAAGGCAUCACUUGGCGAGCUGUUUCAGAGAACAAACAUACAAGAAAAUUCGGAAUUCAAGUGCGAGAAUAAAUUGAUGCAAACCAAUCCAGCUCACCGGUCUGCAAAAAAUCCGAUGAAGAAGCUACUGAAAACGAUUCAUUCUUCUUCAAGGUUCUCCACGGGUGGAAAAACUGAUUCACCAUCCACAAAGAAGAAAUUCCAAAAGAUAAUCCAAAUCUUCCAUCGGAAAGUACAUCCUGAAAACUCCAUAACAGAAAGGGAAAUCAAUGGCAAAAUGAAAACUGCAGAAAGCACAGAACCAGAUUAUCUGGGGUUAAUCUCAGAGAAGGGAAACUCAAGUAAUGUGAUGAGCAAAAGACAGAUCCAGUGUGAGAUAAAAGGUUCUGAUUCAGCCAGGAAUGGAGAACAUUGGAUCAAAACAGAUGCAGAGUGUAAGUUCAACAUAAUUCACACAUAUAUGUUUGCAUGAUUCUAUACAUGUUUGAUGGAAGAAUGUGAUUAUUACUUCCAUUAUCUGAGCUAAAUGAAGAGGCUCAGUAAUAUGCGGAACAAUUGCUUGAUAACUAAACUCCAGUACUCUGAGAUUUCAAACAUAGCACAGGCAUUCAUGCCUUUUUUGUUUCAACCUAAUUGCAUUGCACAAUUGUUUUGCAGACUUUGUGUUGGAGCUGUAGCAAAUGGGAUCAGAAGAAAUGCAUACAUUGUGCGAGUGUGUUUUCAGUUAUACAAUGCAUGGGUGCUUGCUGUGUGAUUAAGGCUGAUGUAUUCAAAACAUUACUGCAAAAGUUAAUCUUGUGUUAAUCUUUGAUAAUAAAUUUUACAGGUUGCGUGAUC